GUCACAGACUCGAAACGUUAACUCUGUUUCUCGCUCCACACAGCUUGACCUGCAAAGUAUUUCCAGCGAUUCUGUUUUUACAACUUUUACCAUGACUUUACCAUGGUGCUCUUGAUCAAGUACUGCAGCCAAGCUGGUAGAGGUGGUACUCGGGAACAACAUACAAGGUUUAGGAACAGCUAAAAGGGGGCUCCUGGCAAGCAGAUCCAGCAGAGAAAUAGCCAAUUUGAAUUUAUAACUCUUGCUGAAGCUGUUGUUGGAUGUGGCAAUAUCCGGGGAGACUUUUUGAGUCUCCAGUGAUCACCAUGGAAAAAGGUGAAAAUUCUCAACCAAGCACAUAAGGGAAGGCCUAUGUAGACUUUUGCAGACAUUUCUAACAAGAAGCCAAUUUAAAUGGAUCAAGAAGGUAAAUGGGAUCCACAGAGACAAGCUGCCUUGUAAUUUUUUCAUUAGUGAAUGUAGAAGACAUUUGUGCGCAUCGGCUGUAGAUUAGAGCAAUUGAGCCAAAUCAGUGACUUUUUCCUCAUGGCCCACUGCAACACCCUAGCAGUUCCAUUACUAUUUUUGGUACUGAAGAUCUUCAGAUGUGGAGCUGAAGAAGUAUCAUGUUGUUACCAAGCAAGAGAGUAUCCAAUUUGCAGAGACGCCUGUGAUCAGCUUACAUCCACAAAAAGUGAGUCUCGGCUGAAACAUCUCCUGCAACGAUUGCCUGGCUACUGUCCCGAAUCCAUGCUUGAAUUCUGGGUUUGCAUUAACUCUUCUUUGCCUGGAGCACCAAAGAAAACUGAAGGCUGGGUUGGCCUGGGGUGUUGUGAGUUGGCUAUUGCUGGAGAAUGUCGACGUGCAUGUAAGCAGGCUUCUUCAAAGAAUGACCUUAAGAGCUGCAGGAAGGAAUUUGAGACUGCUUUUUUCAGCUGUGUGAACAGAAAUGAGAAGGGAUCCCUGUGUUGCAGUUACGCAGGCCGACACACAAAUUGUAGGGAAUAUUGCCAAGCUAUUUUUCGUACAGAUUCUUCUCCCACACAGUCACAGAUUAAAGCUGUAGAAAACUAUUGUGCCUCCAUUAGCCCACAGCUUAUUCAAUGUGUUGACAACUACACUCGCUCAUAUCCAAUGAAAAAUCCCAUUGAUAGUUUAUAUUGCUGUGACAGAGCAGAAGACCAUGCUUGCCAGACCACAUGUCGAAGAGUGCUGAUGACAAAAUCUACAGAUCAAGAAAUUGUUGAUGGACUUAUCGAAGGAUGUAAGAAAAUGCCUCUGCCUCAGGAUCCACUCUGGCAGUGCUUUCUAGAAAGCUCAGGAUCAAGUAACCCGGAUAACAGCACAAAUGGGUUGCCUGCUACAGCUGUUGAUGGUGCUAAAUUGCACUGUUGUUCUAAAGCAAAUACUUCUAUCUGCAGGGACCUGUGUAUUAAGUUGUACAGCACCAGGUGGGGAAGCUGGCAAGAAUUUGAUAGAGUCUGCGAAUAUAACCCUCUGGAAGCUGCCAUGUUUACAUGCCUGGCUGAUGUCAGAGAACCAUGUCAGCUGGGUUGUCAAGGUCUCAAAUACUGCACUAAUUUUAACAACAGACCCACAGAAUUGUUCCGUAGCUGCAAUACUCAGUCGGACCAAGGAGCCAAGAAUGACAUGAAACUUUGGGAGAAAGGGGCCAUAAAGAUGCCAUUUAUGAAUAUACCUGUGAAAAAUAUUAAGACCUGUCAACCAGAAAUGUGGAAAGCUGUUGCCUGUUCGUUACAAAUCAAGCCAUGCCACAGCAAGUCUGGAGAAAGUAUCUGCAAGUCAGACUGCUUAGAAAUUCUUACAAAUUGUGGAGACCAUAGCAAAUUUCCAGCAGGGCAGACUGCUGAAACUAUUUGCAAUCUCUUGUCUCCAGUUGAAGAUUUAAAGAAUUGCAUUCCACUCAAAAAGUACCUUGCUCCAAGUCCAUUUCAUAACAUUGUUGAAGAGGUGAUCCAUCCAUGUAAUCCUAAUGUCUGCCCCAAUAACCACGUGUGUGAGGUAAAUCGAAAGGGUUGCCAGGCAGGACAAGACUGUCUUCCCUACCUGUGUGUCCCAGGAUGUAAACUGGGAGAAGCUUCUGAUUUCCUAGUCCGGCAGGGCACCCUAAUUCAACUUCCUGUGGCAAGCGGAGAAAUGGGUUGUUACAGGGUGUGCACUUGUGGCCCAAGUGGACGGUUGGAAAAUUGCAUGGAGAUGCCUUGUAUUGAUGUGCAAAAAACCUGCAUUGUCGGAGGCCAGAGGAAAAGUCAUGGAACAUCUUUUAAAGUGGAUUGCAACACAUGCUCAUGUUUUGCCGGGGAACUAAUAUGUUCAAGCCGUCAGUGUUUGAGUGAAUACAGUUCCCGGCUAGAUCGGAGUAUGUUCACAGGUCUUCCCUGUAACUGUGCUGACCAGUUUGUACCAGUUUGUGCCGACAAUGGGCGUACCUAUCCAAGUGCUUGUAUUGCACGAUGUGUUGGACUGCUAGACAAUCAGUUUGAAUUUGGACCCUGUAAAUCCAAAGAUCCAUGUACUCCUAAUCCGUGUUCCAAAAGUCAAAGGUGUAUUCCAAAACCAAAAGUUUGUCUCACUAGCAUUGCUUUGCUUGAAUGUGACCAGUACGAGUGCAUCUCAAGAUCCACGAGUUGCGAGUUGCUUCCAGUCGAACCUGUUUGCGAUACAGAAAAUGUGGAACACUCCAAUCGGUGUGCCUUGUACCAAAGAUCCAAAACUUUGUCCUACAUGGGUCCGUGCCAGGAAAUUUGUGGACAGCAACCCGUUUGUGGUCAUAACGGUGAGACCUAUGAUAAUGUAUGUGCCGCCUAUUCAGAUCGUGUGGCAGUAGAUUAUAUUGGAGCUUGUCAAGCUGUAGGCAUUCUCCCUGAUCACAGUUCUCAUCCAGAAUGCUCAUCUGUCACAUGUUCAAUGCUCCCCAGCAAUGGAUGCAAGCCUGUCACUCCGCCAGGAGCCUGUUGCCCACUGUGUGCUGGAAUGCUACGGGUUUUAUGGAGCAAAGAUCAGUUGGAUAGCCUUGCCAAGUUAAGUGGGGGCAGACCAGUGUCUGUACACGACAUCAUUUACACUUUGCGUCUCCACGUUUCAGUACCUCAGUGUGAUGUUUUUGGAUACCUAAGUAUAGAAUCUGACCUUGUGAUCCUCAUCAUUCCAGUUGAUCAAGAUCCAACAACACUACAAAUUGAGGCUUGCAAUAAAGAGGCUGAGAAGAUAGACUCUCUAAUACAAUCUGGAAGUCCAGCUUUAAUGGCCCAUGUUCCUCUGUCAGCACUCACCACUUCACAGGUGCAAGUUUCAUUAAGGGAUUCAUCUGACUCUGCGAAGACAAUCCUCUCCUCAGCUGCACUUUUACUAAGCCUAAUGGUUGCUUUGUCGGGGUUUUUAUGAUUCAGAUAGACAUUGCUUGUUUUUAUCAGGACAAAUCUGUAUUUAACUUUGCUGUUGAGCUACAGGUGGAAAGAAUGCGUUAUGGCUGAACUACAACCCCUUACAUAGUAACUAUAGAGGAAUUUGCCAAUGAGCCUAUACAAAAUUUUAACUUUAUCUUCUAAAUGCAAGUAAAAUCCAAAAUAUAUCUUUAUACAAGCCUUUUUAUGAAGGUAUUUGUUAAUUUAAAAUGAAUGCAGCUAAAGUUAAUCAGUUAGUUCUAGUACAUUUAUUUCUUAAGAACUGUUCAAUAGAGUUUCAAUCUUGAUGUGCAGUAGCUUACUAGUCUGCUGUGACACAGGCAACUUGGUGUAAAAUGUAGAAUUAAUUGAAUUUGGUACCUUAAAAUUUUGGAAUUUGCCAUUUCAAUCCACUUUGCAUCAGUUUAGAUUUAUUUUAGUGGGUUCUGUAAAGCACAGUUAAACCUCAGUAGAAAUAAUUUUGUAAUUAAGUAAUUUUCUAAUCUAGCACUCAGGAGUGGGCUUUUUGGCCCACCUGGCACACAUUAGUGUUUAAACUACACAUGAACCUAAUAACUCUUCUUCUGGAAACAUACCUUUUAACCUCUUUUAACCUUUACACUUCUAAUACUGACCUAAGUUUAUGGCCCUUGUCAUCAGUUUACCAUCUUUCACCAUUUUGCCUUCAAACUCUUUCAGAAUUUUGAACACAUGGGUUAGAUUCCCCUAAGCCUUCUCUACUGCAGUGAACAUGUCCUUAGUUUUAAAUUCUCUCAUUAUAUCUCUUGGACACCCUGCUUUCUCCAAUGUGAAAAUUAAUUUGUUACUAUUCUCUGCUUUCUGACCUUCAAUCAUCUCUCCAUCUACGUCACCUAAUUUAUCCCUAAUACCAUGGGCCUUGAUCUUUGCAACAUGUUUCUUAAUAUUUACCAAAUCCUUUUUAUGAAAUUCCAAAUUUUCUACAUCUGGUGCCUCACUUUUGCCUAUAGACUUAAUAAUUUUUUGGAAGAAUUUGAUUAUAUGAUUAAAGCUUGAUCUACCCUUAACAAAUCCAUUCUGACUAUGCUUGAUGAGCACAUGCACUUCAAAUGACAUCCCUAUUUAGGACCUCUAGCAGUUUUCCUACUACUGAUGUGAGGCUAAAUGAGCUAUAACUAUGUUCAUCAGUCCUGAAUCCUUGAGCACAAUUACAAUUCCCAGAGAAACUUUGAGAGAUUACCCCUGCUAUUUUAGCACUAAUCGCCCUCUGUUUUCUGAAAUAUGCACAAUCUAGUUCAGGAUAAUUGUCAAUUUUAACUCUUACCAGUCUGUUUAGUGCAGUUUACUUCCUAACUUUUAUACAGCGAGGGUUUCUGUACCUGCUUCUUGGGUGUUCCGUUCAUUUCCCUCUUCUGUCAAUAUAGAGACCAAAUACUUAUAAAGUAUCUGUGAUGAUACUCUUUGUCCCUUAGAAGCUCCAUUGUUUCGUUGACAAUUCUCUUCUUUCUGUUGAGUUUUAAACGUUACUGCUGUUACUCCCUCUUUCAAAUGAUAGCCUUCUUUGUGUGUCAUCUAUGGCUUACUUGGUAGCACGCCUCUGAAUUACCAGGGUCUGGGUUCAAGUCGCAUUCCAGGGCUCGAGCACAAAAAUCAAGGUUGACACUGCAGUGCAGUAUUGAGGGUGUAUUGCAUUGUUGGAGGUGCCAUCUUUUGGAUGAGACAUUAAACAAAGGUUACAUCAACCUGCAUGGGUGGAUAUAAAGGAUUGCAUGGCACUACUUCCAAGUUGAUCAAAAUUGCAAAUUUCAAAAUCUUAAGGUACCUCCAGUGUGCUGACCAAUAUUUACCCCUCAAUCAACAUCACAAAAAACAGAUUAUCUAAUCAUUAUCAUAUUGCUAUUUG